AUGAGCGGUAUUCCAGCUGUCUAUGCAGUUACUGCAGCUGCCAUCCUUUGGUAUGUUAUAUCUACAUUGGCAGCAUGGUAUCGCUUAAGGAAGUUCCCCGGUCCAACACUAGCAAAGUUUUCGUACCUAUGGGCAUAUUUCGCCAUGAGAACCGGCCGUAACCAGUUUAUUAUGGCCGAACAACAGGAGAAGUAUGGCAAGAUAAUGCGCCUGGGACCCAAUGAACUCAUGAUCUACGACCCAGAGACCCUAUGGUACAUCAACGGCGCCCGUUCAACUUACAGACGUGGAGGCUGGUACGAUAGCGCCAAGUUUGAUCCAUACGGUCACAAUAUCCUAUCCGAGCCUGAUACCGUUACACACGAUAAACGCAAAGCGAAGGUUAUGAGCGGCUAUGCCGGGAAAGGAAACGUGAACAUCGAACAGAAAGUCGAUUCCCAGCUCGCCCUUCUCGUGGACGUCUUGAGGAAGAACCACCUUCAAGAGGGCGACAACAUUGUAGACUUCAGCAAACUCAUCAGGUUCUUCCAAGUUGAUCUCGUCACCCUCGUGGGUUCUAGUGAACCUUGGGGUGACCUACCUACCGAAACUGACAAGUUUGACUUCAUCUCUCUUGCAGAUGGCAUGGUUCCAUUUCUAGACUCGUUUAUGAUGGUGCCCUACCUCCGCAAUUUUUUCGCCUCGAGUUUCUUCUUGACUUUAGCUGGUCCCAAAGCAACGGACAAGAAGGGAAUGGGAAGAUUCAUGGGACUUAUCAAGGGGAUGGUCGAGAAGCGUUUUGGUGAGGACUCGACUAAGUCAAUUGAACAGGGCGAGCAGGGAGACAUGCUGACCGAAUGGAUCAAGCAUGGCCUAUCCCGUCGAGAAUGUGAAAUAGAGCUUGCGAUACAAGUACCUACAGGAACCGAGACUACGACGUCAGGGAUCCGAGCGAUCAUGUUAUACCUGUUGACCUCUCCCAACGCUUAUCGGAAACUACAAGAGGAGAUCACCGCCGGGAUUCGCGACGGGAGGAUCUCAAGCCCCAUUAGUCAGGAACAGGCGAAGCAACUUCCAUAUUUGCAAGCUGUGAUAUACGAAGGCCUUCGAAUGGUGCCCCCAGCCGUCGCAGGUUUUCCUAAGAAGGUCCCGGCAGGUGGAGAUACUAUUUGCGGGGAGUUCGUCCCGGCAGGCACGGAUAUCUUCGUCAACGUCUACACCAUGCUGCGAAACAAGGAAGUCUUCGGCAAAGAUGCAGAUACAUUUCGCCCGGAACGCUUCCUAGUAUGCGAUCCGGCCAAGAAGGCAGAGCUUAUUAAGACCGUUGACCUUAUUUUCGGACAUGGUCGCUGGCUGUGUCCGGGGAAGACACUUGCCUGGUUCGAGCUUAAUAAGGUGUUUGUUGAGCUCUUGAGGAACUUUGACUUUCAAGUCGUCAACCCGGAGUCUCCUUGGACAUGCAAGGCAUACAUCAGCAUCUUGAUUGAAGAUUUCUGGAUUCGAGUUACAGAAAGGCGUGAAUAUUGA